AUGAAUACUGCAAGUAUAACCAUCUCAAAUAGAGAUGAAGAUCUACCUCCAUUAUUAUUACCAAGUAUUAAUCCGAAUAUAAGAAAUAUAAUGAAUAAUACAAAUAAUAUUAUUGAUCAUCAUCAUCAUAAUGAUAUUAAAAGUAACAUACUAUUAUCUAAUGAUAAUGGUAUUACUAAUACUACUACUACUACUAAUAACAUUAUUAAGAUAGAUCCUUUCCUUCAUAAGAAAAGACAAUCGGAUAGUAGUAUUAAAAAUGAGGAUCAGUCAACUAUGAUUAAUGGUUUAGAGAGUCUCGCAUCUUUAGCUACAAAGAGACCAAAAUUAUCUUCAAAUAAUAAUGAUAAUAUUAUUACAACAACACCUAGUAGUACUAGUAGUACUAGUACUACUAGCAGUACAAUGCCUGCUAGUCUAUUAAUAGGCUUACAUCAUAACAUACAUACUCCACCUCCAAUAUUAAACAUUGGUAAUACUACUACUACUACUACUACUACUACUACUAGUAAUCCCCAAUCAAAUAUUGAUACUCCACGUAGUAUUACUCCAGCAAGUGGUAUACCAUCAAGAAGCGUCACGCCUUUAAGGAAAAAUCAAAUACCUUCAACAGCAUCUCCAACAUCUUCUGUAUCAUCAUCAUCAACUAAUACAACAAAUUCGCAAACUUCAAAGAGACAAAGAGUAGGUCCAAGUUGUGAUAAAUGUCGACUUAAAAAAAUUAAAUGUGACGCUCAUAUUGAAGUCCUAAUUCAAGAUGAAUCCGUCUUAACAUUUGCUACAGAAUUAUUACAUUAUGCACUCACUAGAGACGACGUUAUACGACACCGUAUUACAUUGGAAUCUCAAUUCCAUAUUGAAAGUGAUACGUUAGAUACCUUCUUAAAACAAUCAUUUGAGAAUUACAAUCCGAAUGCAGGUAAUAAACAAUUCAUUAAUUCGAUAUCAAUAAUUAAACAUAUCGAUAAAUUGAUUCUUUUCAAACCAUGCUUAUCCUGUUGUAAGAAAAAAUAUCCUGUAAUUAUUACAGAGUUUGGUACACCAAAUCCUUUUAAAGAAUUUCUAAAUUGUUGUACUUUUUCGAAGGGUUUUACAAGAGCUGAUAUUAAUAUAUUUUCAAGGAUUAAUAAACGUAUUAGUGGGAAAUCAAUUUAUGAAAUGAAUACGAAUGAUUAUAAAAAUUCAGGGUUUUAA